GAAACUGGUGAUCCCAGUAAAACCCAUGUGGACACAGUGGAGAGAGGAAUGUUCCGCACAGGAGGGACUUCCGCCUGGACCCAAACGAGAGAACCAGACAGUAAAGUGCCACGUUUUAACUACUGCACUAUUAUGCCACCCAAGAGCAGUUUUAAUGCAAUAACACAGCUGCAUGCUACACGCUCUACACCUUUGCCCAUUGCAAAAUGUCAACAACGGACUGGAAACUGAACUGCAUCUCUUGUGGGGCUCUUUGCAUUACGGGACAUGAGACGAGGUGGAGAUAGUAAUGUAAAUAAAGGAACACUGGACGAGUAAGAGAUAGUAAUGUAAAUACCCAGUGUACAUGCUGUCCAUUAAGCAUUUUUAAUACGAGACAUUUAUCUCAAACAACUCCGAUACAUAUUACAUGCCAUAUGUUACAAAACAUAAGAUGUUGGCCCCUUGUCAAUGAUUAUUUUUAAGUCUGUCCUUGAUUUAAGAGAAAAGCGGUCGAGAGCUCAGAUUUGACACUAUCGAUUUUAUAUAAUUUUGUGUGUGUGUGUGUGUGUGCGCGUGUGUGUGAAAGGUUUGACUGUAUAUGACGGAUUAAGUCAAACGACUCAGUAGAAAUGUCAGCGUUUCGCUACAGAAACACAAGUUUAAUUUGUGACUGUUUUGACAUGUUCCUAUAGGGAUCUGGAGUGCUUAGGCAUGGAGGUAGGGUGUAAUUCAGGCCACAACUCUUGACAUUGCCUCCUGAAGAAUUGUUCAAAUUCAGUUCCAGCUGCAUUUCAUUUGGAAUUGGUUAUAGAGACACAUAAACGUGAAGCCAGGAAAAGGCAAGCGGUCAGGCCCAUCUGUUUAAUGAUGGGGAAUGGAGGGGCUUGCCCAAUGACUCUUUUUGGGAAGCAUGGGCUUUGUUAUGCUACUGUAUUUCCCGCAAGGUUAUAUAUAUAUAUUUACAUUCUUCUUCUUUCGGCUUUUUUUCCAGUAAUACAUAAACAUGCCUAACCGCUGGAUUAAAACUGCUCAAUGUGCAAAACAGAUGUGACUGCAACAAAGGGGAUCGCUUUGUCUUGACUUCUUUUUCCUACAUUAAAUGCUUUUCUCCUUAAGCUGAGGGCAGUUCCGCCAGGAGGUGCCCAAGUGUCAGAGCUCCAUCACUGAUGAUCAGAAGGCAGAGUCUUUGCGGGUUGGGAGCUGAGGAGUUCCUGGAUUGAGACAGAUUACAGCUGCUACCGCCGCUUAGCGAGCAAAAGCAGCUCUUUUACUUUGCUACUGUGGCCACUUGUAGUAGAGUGGAACCUACCUUCCCUGCCUCCACCCCCACCUACACCCACACAGGGCUCUCUGGGCGCAGACCACGUUGUUCUGAAGGUCUCGGAAUCCCUCCUCAGUGACCACACUCGGAUCCACCUCUGGAAUUACAUAGUGCACGUCAAGGAAACCACAGGACUAUCCUUAUUUGCUCGGCACUGCGGGCAUAUAGGCUCUAUACAAUCUCCUUUGGAUCAUUUACCUGCUGAUGCACUGGAUCACACGUUUCCAAAGAAAUGAAACACGGUGGAAUCAUUUUAAAGGCACUGUGACAUGGUGAAGCUGGAAACAGGAGCUGGGCUAUUUUACUGCAUUGUCACUAGUGAAAAAUCUGAGGUCAGCUUUAUCUCUACCUUUGUGCCAUGGCUAAAAGUGCAGAUGUGAAGCUUGCUGUGUUUGGCCAAGCUGGUGUUGGAAAGUCAGCUAUUGUGGUGAGGUUUCUGACGAAGAGGUUCAUCUGGGAGUAUGACCCCACACUGGAAUCAACAUAUCGUCAUCAAGCUACAAUUGAUGAUGAAGUCCUUUCCAUUGAGAUUUUGGACACAGCUGGCCAGGACGAUAUGCUUCAGCGAGAAGGUCAUGUGCGAUGGGGAGAAGGCUUUGUAAUUGUCUAUGACAUCACUAACAGAGCAAGCUUUGAGGAAGUGGUACCACUUAAGAAUUUUCUGGAUGAAGUUAAGAAGCAAAAGAAUGUUACAUUUAUCCUUCUGGGCAACAAGGCUGAUCUUGAUCACUCGCGACAAGUCAGCACAGAAGAAGGUGAAAAACUGGCUAUGGAUCUGGCAUGUGCCUUCUAUGAAUGUUCUGCUUGCACAGGGGAUGGCAACAUCUCUGAGGCCUUCUAUGAGCUGUGUAGAGAGGUUCGCCGACGUAAAAUGAUUCAGGGAAAAACAAGGAGGCGAAGUUCCACCACACAUGUCAAGCAGGCUAUUAAUAAGAUGCUGACUAAGAUAAGCAGCUGAGGCAUCAUGGGACAUGGACGAUUCUUAAAGCAUGGAAGCCUUGACUGAAACAAAAGAAACCAAACUAGGAAGCAUUAAGCAAAGGGCUUUCGCUUUCCUGAACAUGCAGUUUCCUAUUUCUCAGGCAAACUUCUGGCUUUCAAGGACAGAGAUGAAUAUAUUGUAUGCCAGCAUUUAGAUAUUAUAUAAAAAUAUUUAUCACAUAAACAAAGUGAAUGCUAAGUGUCAGAGUAUGGUUUCUUCAUUUCAUCUUAGUUCAAAGUGUCUUCUAUCAUGCUGCUUAAUAUUAACAUUACAUAUUCUACACAUGGACACACACACACACACACACACACACACACACACACACACACACACACACACACACACACACACACACACACACACACACGCUCACAUGAAAGCAUACUUUCUCAGAUAUGUACCUGAGUCAGCAUAAAUACAUGAGAUGUAUAUUCAGCUGAUUGAUAAAUUUGAGGAGUUCUUCAUUUAUGUCACAAAGCAAUCCACACAGUAAAGGAGCACUCUAAUGAGAGAUGCUUGCCACAACUACAAGUUCACCCCAUUUCAGCUAAUUUAAUGUUAUUUCAGUCUCUGACUCAGUGUCAGAAACACAGUAAUGCAUAUGUGUAUCAGACAAUGAUAUUAAAAUAGAUAUUAUGCCUUUCAGAAAUGGUUACUUUCAUGUGAUAGCUUUGACCACAUACAUUGGGCAAUGCAUUGUACGAUUCCUACUACUGCUAUUGAAAAAUGUAGCUGGGAACUAUAAGAGUUUAAAUCAUGGAGAGUGCCUUUAUAAAAUACAUUUUAUGCUGUGGCAUACCUUGUUGUAGGCCGUUAAGUAGACCAUAUCUUUGGCAUGAUAGCUGGCUGCCAUCUUAAAACAGAUCCUCCUAAACAGAGGCACAUAAACGAACAGGGAGAGUUAGAUGGAAAAUAACAGACUGCUCAUGACAUAGGCAGAUAUACUGAUGCAAGUAGACAGACCAGAUAGCUAUCCUAGAAGUUAAGCACUGAGGUUAAGACUGUGUGCUUUUAACUAGGUUUCAUCUUGUGGCUCUGUGUCUCUUUCCCUCAGUGUCCAGUUGCAUAUGAAUUACUUUAAUCAAGUUAGUUAAUCAAGUCAAAUGUAUCCCUAAAAAGAGCCAAUUAUAUGCAAUAGAUCUUGCAUCACUAAGAGUAAACCAAAUGGAGUGAGAAAAUGGACCAGUACAGUGAGAGAACUGCAUGCAGCAGACAUCACUGCAAGUUACUGGCAAAUGGACAGCUGGAUACACAGAAAGCAAAGUCGGAAGAUUAAUGGACAGAAAGAGAAAUAUGUCCCAGAACUGACAGAAAGACAACCGAGUUAACACCAGAAUAAUUUAGAUAGAGUGAUAGCAGAAACACGAGGGUGGCCUAAUGGGUAAGUUGUUUGCCUUACAAACACAAGGUGCAAGGUUUGAGUCUCACAAGGGACAAUUGGCUAGGCUUAAAAUGUCUCACAAGGGCAGUUAGCUUAGUACGAAUUUAUGAAAGAAAACAACUAGGAACUUGAUAUGCAAUUGCCAUACAUGUACCAUAUGAGCAUAUUGUGAAUUACAGCCACUGUUUACAGAUGUUUAUUUUAUCACAUUUGGUUGUAUUUAUCAAAGAGCAUUAAACUCUAGAAAUGAUUCAGAUUGUGCUAAUACCUAUAGGUUUCUCAGAUGAUAGAAGGCUGUACUCAAACUCACACACAAUCAAAGUUGGGAUGAGUAUGCCCGGUGCAUUAUCAAUUUCUAUGCCUUACACAUGUCUGUGCUUUUCCAGGACUGUGAACCCCUUUGGGACCAAAGACCCAACCCUUUCUGUUACAUUACUUAAAUUAGAUGGGUUGCAGAUUACAUAUUCAAGUGCAACUACAAGUUCACAAAUCAUAUUUAUAUUAUAUAGAUAAUUUGCAGUGUCUAUUAUAAUUUACUUUGUAUGUUAAAAUAUAGUAUAAAUGUGCUGUAAUGCCACUAGAUGUAGUAGUGAACUAGGUUCUCCGUGCUAAGCCUUAAUAUUUGCACUUUAUUAUCUUUACAAUAAAUGUGCAUGCCAUUUUGCAUGUGUCCUAUUAAGUAUUGCAAGGCUUUGUUUUCAUCAGAUGUACAGAAUCAUAAAUGCAGACAGUAAAAAUACAAACAAAAAUGAAA